GACUUCCUCGAGGAGGCAGGGCCAGAGGCUGCUGAGAAUCGGGAGGGUGGAGGUCGCGUGGGACAGAGAAAGAGAGCUGAGGAGCAGAGGGCACGACCGUUGUCAAUGGUCGCAAAGAUUGAAGGAGGCAGAGGAAGAAAUCACAUAUCAGAAGUGAAGCACAUAGAGGUAUCCUCCUCUAGCCCGAUUCUUCUCCAACAUGCUCUGGUCGUGCUGGGGAUUUGGAUAUUGCUUGUAAAGUCAUAAACCUUAUUGCUUCCUUGGCAUAACAAUCAAAUUUUUCCCAAAUGGCAUUGAUUGUGAUAUGUGGACAGCCAUGCAGUGGGAAGUCUAAAGCUGCACUCUGUCUGGCCGAAGCCCUCAAAGAAUCAGAAACAAAACUGCAAGUGAGGGUCAUAGAUGAAGCUUUUUUCCAUCUUGAUCGUAACCAGAGUUAUGCCAAUAUGCCUGCAGAAAAAAAUUUAAGAGGUGUUCUUAGGUCAGAAGUAGAUAGGUCCGUGUCAAAAGAUAACAUCAUUAUAGUAGAUUCUUUGAAUAACAUCAAAGGCUAUCGAUAUGAGCUAUGGUGUUUGGCUCGUGCAACAGGCAUUAGAUACUGUGUACUGUAUUGUGAUGUUGAAGAAACCCACUGUAGGAAUUGGAAUGUAGAACGUAGGGAGAAAGGAGAAGCUGCUUAUGAAGAUACAAUCUUUGAAGAUUUGGUUAGAAGGUUUGAGAAACCAGAUAGAAGAAACCGUUGGGAUUCACCUUUGUAUGAGCUAUGGCCACAUAGGGAUGGAAUAGAAAAAUCUUCUCCGGCCAUUAGAGAUGCUCUAUCCUACAUAACCAAAACCGUGGACUCCCAAACCCGAGAUGUUAAGAUUUUACAGCCAACUAUUGCAACUCAAAACACACGCUUUUCUGCUGCUAAUUCUCUAUACGAGCUGGAUAAAGCAACUCAGGAGGUCACAAAUGCCAUAGUAGAAGCUCAAUCUCAGGCUCUAGGAGGGCCUAUGAAUGGGAUUUCUGUGGGGAAGGACUUGCCUCCGAUCAAUAUAUCAAGAUCUGUUGGGCUGCCGGAACUACGGAGAAUGCGACGUACCUUCAUUAAGUUGACAGGGCAAACAAGUUUAAGCGGACCUCCUCCUCCUUCAGAUGCAGAUAGUGCCAAGAGAAUGUUUAUUGACUACUUGAACAGGGAACUGGGAGCUGGUUGAAGAACAAUAAUAACCUUGCAAGUUUGCUUGGUGCGUGCCAAAAGCUGCCACAUGCCACCGCUUGAUCAAUAGAACACGUUACCAAUUUUUGUUUGCCCAGCUUAUCCGUAUUAUCAUUUCAAUCAUUUUAAUCAACUCUUCUUGCGUCUAUUUAGAAUGGUGUCGCUUCUGGUGUCAUGGAAUUUGUGUUUUGGCCAACUUAAGGGUUUUGUAUCGAUUGAUGAGUUAAACUCUAGCAUACAUGGAAAGCAUAUUCCCCUCUAGAGCUUUUUUUUUUUUUUUUUUUAAAAGUACAAGUUCAUGGCAA